CUAUAAUUAUCUCGCUAUCAGCGGACGUUAGUUGACUACUAUCAAUCAUAUGACUCAAUCAAAAUCCGUUAUAGUUAUAGGGGCGAGGAGGGACAUUCGGAAGUUCAACAUGCUUGGAGUUAGCUCGUAGAGGUUAUAAGGUAACCGGUCUCGAUAAGCACGCAUAUCCGUCACUUAUCAGUGCUGGGAAUGAUCUCAAUAAGAUUGUCAGAACCGAGUAUGCUGACCCUCUUUAUGCACAUCUAGCAUCUGAGGCGAUCGAGGCGUGGAAAAGCGACAAUGUAUUCAAUUCACACUUUCAUCAAACUGGCUGGCUGGUUUGUACAAGUGACAAGCGGUCACUUACAGCUCAAAACCUUAUCUACAAGCCUUAUGAAGUCCUCAAACAGACAGAUCUCAAAGAUAAGAUUAAAUUAAUCGAUACCCCGGAAGAGAUCCUCAAAUACACCCCUCAAUUACAACAAGCUUACGAUAAUGGGACCAUCAAAGAUUGGAUUGGUAUGUGGAAUUCAAAUAACGGUUGGUGCAUGGCACAUGAUGCCGUAAGAUCGGCAUGUGAUGAAGCACAAUUGCUUGGUGUUGAGUUCAUAUCGGGAGAGAAUGGAACGGUGUAAGGAUGGAUCUGUGCACCACGCUGACUAUGCCAUCUUAUGUGCUGGUGCUUGGGCAGAUACUUUAAUUGACCUCGAAGGCCGCUGUACAGCUCGUUGUUGGACAGUAGGGCAUAUACAGCUCACCCCAGAUGAAGCCAAGCUAUUCAGAAAUAUGCCGAUUGUUGAUCACUCAGACCUUGGUUUCUUUUUUGAGCCCUCUAUUGAUGGCAAAAUCAAGUUUGCGAAUGCAUUUCCAGGCUACACCAAUUACCAGCACCUUCCAAGUACAGAUAGAUACACUAGUAUACCAUCAGAUGUCAAAUUUAAAGUGACAAACGAAGCUUUUGAAGCGUUAACGAAGUUUAAAGAUGCUAUUCUCCCUCAGUUUGCUAGUAAAGAACUCAUUGACACAAUGGUUUGCUGGUGUCUCGAUUCAGACGAUGGUAAUUGGAUUAUUGACUUCUAUAAAAACAAUGAAAAACUCCUUGUCGCUAGUGGAGAUUCCGGAAUGGCAUUCAAGUUCCUGCCAACGAUUGGUAAAUAUAUUUCAGAUGCUCUAGAGAAGAAACUGUCUCCUGAAAAGUAUGAUGCUUGGAGAUGGCGUCAAAUGAAGAAAGAAAGGGAUAAUACACGUCCAGGCGGUGACUCUAAAGAUCUGCAGGAUUUUCCUGAAUGGUCUCUUGAGGUUAAAUGAAAUGUAAAUUUAUAGUUCUUCAUAUACAUUACAUUGACUCAUUUCAUAUUGUGUGAGAAUAAGCGAAGAAUAUUGUACAUUUAUGAAUACAACUAAUUAUUGCGAUAAAUGCACACCAGUUUACUUCACAAUAACCUUGUCUUUCUCUCUCGCAUCGUCAGUAUUCUCGUUAUGUGCUACUACUUCAUCUUGAGACAUUGCAAUUGUCUGACCUUCCUUAGGAACGGAUCUGAGCGCAAAUACCAUUGGAAAAACGCUAACUAGAAGUAAGCCAAAAUUAGCACCAAACCCGGCCCAAAGUGGCACGUUAUCUGCAGACAUCAACCCAUAGCUGACUGCUUGCCUGCUGCUUCUAUUGCCCUAAAGACACCUCCCAUACGAGUGUUUGAUUGUACAUCACUACCGAAUGAUGAAAUCAACCAAUAACAAAAUGAUUGCUGCAUUGGUCCAGCAGAUUGUAUAAAAACGAACGAGGAUAGUCGCUAGACGACCAGUCGAUACUCACAUUUGGUGUUCUCGUAAGAUCUGACAGAACUACGAGCGUCCAAAUGUAUGUGCCAAUGCAACAUGAGCAGACAACUAUGAAACCAAGGUAUGCUCUGUAACGUUGAUUCAACGAUUGCAUAUCCAACAAGAAACCUAAUCCAAAACAAGCAAUAAUGCAAAGUGUGGGACUAAUCAGUGAUGAGAGUGCCCUUGCUCUAACGGAAAAAAACUCUGUGAGAUAUGUUCCAUAUGGCUAAGAGAGUUAGAUAGAAGCUGAUGAAAACUUUCAGCUUACUGAAAUAUAGAAAAAAGAAUAAAAGGAAAACAUCGCAAUUAAACCAAUUAUUGGUGUUAAUACAGUACCAUUUAGUAGCAUGUUUAGCUCUUGCUUUAGUGGAAGCUUGUCACCAGCUCUAAUCACGGUACCAUCUUUACGUUGAACUUGUUCUGGAUGUUUAAUCAGCAAAGCGGCUGGUAGCCCAAGACAUUCUAUAGCUAUAAAUACGAAGUAAAUGUUUGGAUUAACACUUCCACUACUGCUUGUUUGCGAAUUAAGUGCAAGAUUAAUUGCACCACCAACAAGCUGACCUAAGUUCCUGCCAACAAUCCAGAUAGCCAGCAUUGCACCACGUUUGUUUGUUUCUGGUAAACUCAGAACGAGACCAGCUUCAGCAAUGUAAAAGCAACCACUGCCGAUACCAGCUAUAGCCUCAGCGACGACAAGAAACGGUCCAGCUUUGGCCCAUCGAGAUACUACGUAAAGGGCUAUACCUUCUAAUGGAAAUGUUAUACUACCUAUAACAAGUGUAGUUUUCAAACCUAGUUUGCUGACAAUCGGUCUCCUUACAUAAACGUCACCGGCGAUUUCAAAAUUGAAUUUGCAUGAAAGGCCUAAAAUCAACAUAGUGCAUGACGAUGAAAACUAAAAUGAUAUUCCAGCUAAAAAAUGAAAUUGAUAAUAACAUCACGGUAAUAGUACCAGAUGAAGAGAAAGGCUUGACAAUACGCACAUCAGAUCCGAAGAUGCAUCCGAAGAAGAAUUCAAGGAGCUGCACUAGCUGCAUAAGUAAGCAAAAAAAUUACCAGCAGGUGGACUCAGACGGCGGCAUAAAAGAGACAUAUAUCAAUUAUUGGAGAGUUGUCAAUUGUUCAUUAGAUCAAGGUAUUAUCAGUUUGUCUGUUCUAACACCAGGCCACAAUUCUCUACUCGACUUUAGUGGUAUACCAAUAGAGCUUUCUACUGAAGAGGUAGAUAAAGUAGUGCAAUAUAUUCGGUUCAAAUCUAAGUUACGUACCUGUCGUCGAUUGAAGGCGCUGGUGAAUCCUGUAGGUGGGACUGGAAAAGCUGUUAUUUAUUGGAACGAAACUGUUUUACCGAUAUUACGGUCUUCAGGGUGCUACAUUGAUAUGCAAAUUCUAGAGUACAAGGGACAUGCUUUUGAAAUAGCGAAGAAGUUAUUAUUAAAUUAUGACGCAGUCGUGUGCGUAAGUGGCGAUGGGAUAAUGCAUGAAGUACUCAAUGGGUUUAUGUAUCAUGAAACCCCAUCUGACGCUUUGAAGACGCCAUUAUGCCCCAUACCAGCCGGAUCCGGUAACGGUAUCAGUGUUUGCGUUUUAGGUGAAAAAGAUGGUUUUGAUCUCAGUAUGGCAGCGCUAAAUGCAGCCAAAGGCCAAACUAUACCGCUUGAUUUAUUCUCCAUCUGGCAAGAACGAAAACGUACCAUUUCCUACCUUACUCAAGCCGGUGGUUUGAUGGCAAGUUUAGAUGUUGGCACAGAAAACUUGCGUUGGAUGGGAGAUACGCGUUUCACAGUAGGAUACCUACGGUCGCUAAUCAAGAACGCGCCAUGCAAUUGCGAAGUAUACGUUAAUGUUGAAGAGGACAAUAAACACGAGAUGAUCAAAUGCUUGCGCGAACGGAAACUAGAUGACCCUAUUUCCGUUCCGGAGACAGAUACAUUUCCACCAGUAAAAUACAAAAAUGGACCUGAGGAUGACUGGGUCAAGAUUUCUGAUGAUAUAUGUUAUAUAUAUGCUGGACAGGUGCCGUGGGUGAGCAGAACUUUCAAACAAUUCCCUGUCGCUUUACCGGAUGACGGUUAUAUAGACGUAGCUGUACAGCUCAAUGUCUCACGUAGGCACAAAUUGCUGGCUAUGGAAGGAGCUGAAAACGGUGCAAUGUUUUUUGAUGACUCGCUCAAAUAUUAUAAAGCAAAAGCAUAUCAUGUUAACCCUAUCAAUAAGAACCAAUACCUAGCAGUAGAUGGGGAACAACUGCCGCCUUCGCCGUUUACUGUUGAAGUUCUUCCAUCUAUGGGACGCCUGAUCUCGCCAUUCAGUUCUUGGAACAACCAAUUCUAAAUGUAUGGAUACUCGUCGAUAGGCUCAGAGAAUGCCAUAGUUUGUAAUUGCUGUAAUCAAUACCACAAUGUUUCCGGUCACACCAUUGACUUAAUGUGUUGCAUAAUAUAGUCUAUGCAUAUUUUGGUACCUAAUUGCGAGCUCAGAAUGACUAUAUAGGAUGGAGGUCUUUCUAUUACAUUCACAAUCAUAGCAAACGAGACCGAAAUAAAUGGAAAUUCAUGAAAAAGGCAACUCAUCUUAAGCAGCCAUAGACCUGGGGGAUUCCUUAUUCAGUACAGACACAGAUUUGUUGUGCGUUACAGUAUGCACCGCUAGUAAUGCCAUUUUGGAGCUACAAUCAUGGUUAGAUGGUUUGAGGUUCUCACAAUUGCUGGACGUACCUUGCAGCUGGCCAAACAAGCCUCGACACCUCCAACUUGGCAAGAGUCAGCCAUAGCUGGUGCGAUAAUAGCGACGACAGUCAAUAAAGCGGCAGUGAACUUGAAUUGCAUCUAUUGUGAUUAGGUUAGAAAUGGAUAAGCUAAGAUUUGGAAGAAGCUAUUCACUUUUUUUAUGAGGAAGACUUGUUGAUUGAUGAAGAAAAGGAAGAGCCAUGUGCUCCCUUUUAUACUUCGUCGGAAGACCGUUCACACCCUGAAGUCACCUGUUCUUUGACAGCGUCUGUGCGACGAUGCAUGACUGUGUCACCUCAGAUCUAAAACAAUCCUAUCGGAAAAACACCAGUGGGGGUAAUAGCUUGAGGUGAUUACUACUCUGCGAAGUCCAAGGCAUGCAUUUGUCCCUUAAUUGUGGUGAAGGAAAAUUUUAGUCAUGUUUGAGAGUUACAAUAAAGUUUAUAUAAAG